CCGCCCAUCCUCCAACCAUCAUAGUCGUAGUCGCCGCCGUCGUAGCAAUUCUCCCCCGUCGCAGCCCGCCCGGGCCUGGGGAUGACCAUGGAGGCGGCGUCGCCCGUGGAGAAUCUGACGGAGGGAGAGCUGUCUUUGGUUUCCCCAGGGUAGGCGUCGUAGAAGCCGUGCUAGAUCAGGAUCGCCUUCCCGGUAGAAUCUUCUGGUGCCAGAUUCGGAUCGUUCCCUAUGUGUUCAUCUAAUUCGUCUUCUCGCGCUGCCAGAUUCGGAUCCUUCCCCGGGCACGGCCUUCCUCCGUCGUCAUCGUCACCAUUAACGUCCGUUUAUGCCACCAGAGACCAUAAUUUUCACCGUGAACGUGGAGAUUGUUGGUGCUUUCGAUGGAUGAAGAUGAGACUAUGGCAUUUGAUAAUGGUGCAGAAGGCAACUAACAGAACAGAGAGGUCGAGGGAAGAAGAAGAUAUAUCAAUUGUUGCAAGAAAAUACGGAGUGAUCGAUGAUUAAUGCUAUGAGUGAUUUAAUAUGGAAAAGCUCUCUUACAUUUAGUGGUUUGCGAUUUCAAAUGGGAUUGUAGCAUUGUAACAGUUUUGUAUUCGCUUGUUAGUUAUCAGUGUGUUUGUGCUUAUGUUUUAUAAACACACUAUAAAUUUUAUAAUACAAA